AUGGAGUACUUCAGUCUCAAGCGCUCCACGGCUGCCGACCGUGGCCAAUCAAAUCUCUCCAGCAAGGUCUACGUGCGAUCAACAAAAAGCGGCAAAGUCCAAAAAAUUGUCAGAGAGCUCUAUCUACGACAGGACAUUCCCUGUUCAUCGAACCUCUGCAGAGCAUGUCUCGAAAUUGCGCCCGCUGACUACUCCAAGAAGACAUCUCCUUUCGUCCUGUCCGACACACCAGCAGGAUCAAAGCAUUUUCCAAAUGGCCAAUAUCUAGUUCCAGACACCAAUGCCCUCCUCACGGGCAUGGACCUGUUUGAAGUCGAAACUGCCUUUCAUGAUGUCAUUGUGCUGCAAACCGUGCUCGAGGAGGUUAAGAACCGCUCGUUGCCGCUUUACCACCGCUUGAUAUCUCUGACUAAGAAUGAGGGCAAGCGCUUCUACGUCUUUUUCAACGAGUUCAGGCAAGAGACAAAUGUAGUCCGAGAGCCCGGCGAGACGAUCAAUGACCGCAAUGACCGGGCAGUGCGCAAAGCUGUUCAAUGGUACAACCAGCACAUCACCGACGCUGUCAAAGCACAAAGCAAGACGCAGACUCGCAUCCCCACCGUCGUCAUGAUUACUGAUGACAGGGACAAUCUGCGCAAAGCCAAAAACGAGGAUGUGCCUGGUCUGACAUUAUCCGACUUUGUCUCCGGCUUGGAAAACUCUGAUGAACUUCUCGACAUGAUUAGUGCUGCGCAAGAACAGCGCGAAGUCAGAUCAAAAAAGGCAGAAGUCUUCUACUCGGAGCACUACUCCGUCUCAAAAAUGAUGACGGGGGUAAAAGCCGGAACUUUACACCAGGGGAUCUUCAACGUUUCACCAUACAACUACCUCGAAGGCUCUGUGCAUGUACCUGCUUUCGACAAGUCACUCCUCAUCUUAGGACGUGAAAACAGCAAUCGUGCAGUCUCUGGUGAUGUUGUCGUCGUCGAAGUACUGCCUCAAGAUCAAUGGAAAGCACCGUCUACAAAAAUUAUCGAAGAGGAGACAGUGAACAAGAACGACAACGCUGAGGCAGAAGAGGGGGAGAACGUUAUUCCCGUGAGGGAGCGACGAGCAUUACAAGAGGAGGUAAAACGGGUCCACGGUCAGAGCACAGAAGGACGGCCGCAGCCGACAGCACGGGUUGUGGGCAUCAUCAAGCGUAACUGGCGGCAAUACGUGGGCCAUAUCGACCGCGACUCGGUCCGUUCUUCAUCAAAAUCAAGUAGACAGCAACAAACUGUCUUCCUCGUCCCUAUGGACAAGCGCAUACCCAAGAUCCGUAUACGAACACGGCAGGCUGGAGAGCUCCUUGGUCAGCGCGUUCUGGCAACCAUCGACUCCUGGGAAAAAGAUUCGCGGUAUCCGGUUGGCCAUUUUGUUCGAUCACUUGGUGAACUUGAAUCAAAGGGCGCAGAAACUGAGGCUUUACUACUCGAGUGGGACGUGCAAUACAAGCCAUUCCCCAAGACAGUCUUGGAUUGUUUACCUGCGGAAGGCCACGACUGGAAAGUACCCGCUAACAUGGAUGAUCCGGGUUGGAGAGGGCGCAAGGAUCUUCGCGAUCUUCUAGUCUGCUCUAUCGAUCCUGUCGGCUGUGUCGAUAUUGAUGAUGCUCUCCACGCCCACAAACUGCCAAACGGUAACUACCAGGUCGGUGUUCACAUCGCCGAUGUAUCACACUUUGUCAAGCCGAAUAACGCAAUGGACAAAGAAGCCAGUCAGCGUGGAACGACGGUAUAUCUGGUCGAUAAACGCAUAGACAUGCUUCCCAUGCUUCUUGGAACAGAUCUGUGCUCGUUGAAACCAUACGUUGAGCGAUACGCCUUCUCUGUGAUUUGGGAAAUGACAGAGGACGCUGAUAUUGUUGCUUCUCACUUCACAAAGUCCGUCAUUCGCUCAAGGGAGGCUUUUAGCUACGAACAAGCUCAGAUUCGAAUAGAUGACCAGUCACAAACCGACGACCUAACAAAGGGCAUGCGGACGCUGCUCAUGCUCUCGAAGAAGUUGAAGCAAAAGCGAAUGGAUGCAGGAGCACUGAAUCUUUCCUCGCCAGAGGUCAAGGUCCGAACGGAAUCCGAGACGUCAGACCCAGCAGACGUGCAGACCAAGAAGCAUCUUGACACCAACUCGCUCGUAGAAGAGUUCAUGUUGCUCGCCAACACAAGUGUCGCCGCGAAGAACUAUGAGGCCUUUCCACAAACAGCUCUGUUGCGCCGUCACGCAGCCCCGCCUAAAACAAACUUUGAGGAGCUUGACAACCAGCUCAAGGUGAAGAAGGGAAUGGAAAUCAAGACGGACAGUUCCAAGGCUCUGGCCGACUCGCUCGACAAGUGUGUUGACCCUAACAACCCCUUCUUCAACACUCUAGUCAGAAUCAUGGCUACACGCUGCAUGAUGUCCGCGGAGUACUUUUGCGCAGGUACACAAGCAUAUCCAGAGUUUCGACAUUACGGUCUGGCCAGCGAAAUUUACACCCACUUCACAUCUCCUAUUCGUCGUUAUGCUGAUCUCGAAGCGCAUCGUCAGCUUGCUGCUGCCAUUGAAUACGAGCAAUUAGACGCCAGUUUGCAAUCAAAAGCCAAACUCGAAGCCGUAUGCAAAAACAUCAAUGUUCGUCACCGCAAUGCCCAAAUGGCUGGCCGAGCUUCGAUCGAGUACUACGUCGGCCAGGCGCUCAAGGGCAAGGAUAUCAACGAGGAAGGGUUCAUCAUGAAGAUUUUUUCCAAUGGCUUUGUGGUGUUUGUGCCGCGCUUUGGUAUUGAGAGCCUUAUCCGCUUGAGGGAUCUUGCGACUCCAGAGCCAGAGGCCGACUUCGAUGCUGAAAACUAUGUACUCAAUAUCAAGAGCGAUGUCAAGAGGAGCGUUGAAUUGUUUGAGAAGGUCACUGUCAGGAUUACGGAUGAGCUUGAAGAGAGCACUGGCAAGAGGAAGGUCAAGUUGAGUCUGGUCUGA